AUGUCUACACUCAGUGACCAAUUAGCAGUUGAGCAUAUCAGCCCUGGCUGCUAUCGUUCUGUUCUCCCUCCCAUUCGAAUGGGAGAUUGGGCUUCAUUCGCCUUCGGCGGAAAUACACUCAGCGUUGCAGUAAACUCGGCAUAUCAGACAGUUGAACCGUCUCAUCAUCUCUACUCCAUCUGUGGUCAUUUUGUCCACGCCGCAGAUACAGAUCGCCGGCUCAUCUGUGAAGUUGAAAGCCUCAAGAACACCCGGUCGUUCCAGACGCGCCAUAUAAGGGUGUUCCAGGAGAUUAACAAUGGCGUUCGGCAGCUAUGUCUAAUUGCUUCUGCGGACUUUCAUAUUCUAGAGCCCAGAUCCAUGGUGGUUUACUCCACGUCUCCUUGGACACCCAAUGUCCAACCAACUGAGCAUGGACUCUAUAGCCACAUUGAGCGGCUCGUUGAGAUAAAGCCCAUAGCGAUUGCCGCAAACGCAGGAAUGGAAUUUGGCAACCAGGACAGCACUUCAGACCCAUCCUCCCCUUCUUUAAAGAUCUCGGCAGAAAACUUCAAAAUCCGGGGGACCUUGAAUACCGAAGCAGAACGGAUCACAGCUCUCGCUUUUUACAUGGACAAAGGACUGGCUUAUAUCCCCGCUAGUCAUAGCGGAUAUUCACUUAUAAACGCGAGUGCUUGCACGACUUUGGAUUUCUCUCUUCGCUUGUUUACGCAUGAGGUUGAUCUUCGCGAUUGGCAUCUUCUGGAAUCAAGGACUGCCGUUGCAGGAAAUGCUAGAGCCUUCAGUGAAGGGCGCGUGUGGAAUGGGAAGGGCCGAUUAUUGGCGAGUAUGACGCAACAGACGCUUCUUCGUCCAAGGAAGGGGUUUAGUCCUCGGAUUUGA